UCAACAGAUGGACGACAUAGACGCUAUGUUCAGUGACUUGUUGGGGGAGAUGGAUCUCCUCACACAGGUGAGUCCAGUCCACACACAACAGCAAUGUCUUGGACAUUUUUAACUCAUCCUUUGUAAACACUGUAUAACAACUUUCAUGAAUAAGCCUUUAUAAAUACUUAUAAAUGUUUAUACAUUCUUAGAAAUGUUAUAAAUACCUGUGAAUUGUAAAGUUUGUUUUGCUGCAUGUUUAAACAUCUUACAACUGAUGCCAGCAGUCACACAGGAUAGGCUUUCACUCACCACGGAAGAUAGCAUUCAUCUCUCUCUAUUUCAUCAAGGUGAUCCCCCAAAUGCCAGCAGUUGCUGACUAUUAUGCAAACCCGCAAGACAAACAUGUACUGUAUACAUUAUUCAUACACACAUAUGAUCUACAAUACAAUAUGGUCAGUAUUCACCCGAUCUUCCUGUAAGAUACAUAUGUCACUCCUCAUUCCCUUAAGUUGAUAAUAACAACAUGACAUUCUAUGGGCAACACAGUAGAGAUUUUUCAGAUUGUUCACUGUCUAUUUGGACCACAUGUCCAAAACCACAUGUCCAAAACCACUAGUAAAUAAAGCACUGCUUAUGAGAAACAUGACAAUAACACUAAAACACACAAUCGAUCAACAAGACACUUCAGACUGCCAAGCACCCGCAAACAGUGAUAGAAACACUGUUUUUUUAAGAAAGGGGGUCAAAUGUCAAACUCUAAGCAGGGUACAUUAGCAUAACUGUGUAAAGACAUGCAUGAUCCUGUGAUAUUUUACCACUCACUUUAUGUUUUCUUUUAAAACUCCAUGUUGCCUGGGAUACCUAAUAUUGAGUAUCAUUUCUCAUUUGAUUUCAUAAAUAUGACGUUAGUCCUUCAACUGUUUUCUAUGCAAGACUCAACAUACUUUAUUUGAGUUCCUGGAACUCCACAAUAAGGCAGGAGUUGUUGAAUUUGGUGUAUUGUUCAACUCUUUGUUCUUUGUUUUUCCCUGCAGAGUCUUGGGGUUGAAACGCUGCCCCCAGAGUCACCUUCUAGCUCAAGCAAAGAAAUGAACUUCUCCAUGGGCUUCGCUGAUAUGAACGGUAAAUCAUAGGCCUAAUUAUGGCCCUACCUAUCACUGCCAGUGUUAAAAAUCCAGUGUUAAAAUGUCUAAGAAAUCAGUUUAAAAAAUCCCAGAGGCCAACGUCAGCUUUUUCUAACUUUGGUACAGCAUGACACCUAUUAUUCCUCCAGUGGGUCACUUUUCUGGGGGAAGUAUGCUAUCAAUUACCUAGAAAAUUACCAGAAAUUAAGAUUGAGGGGAGAACCAAUGACGCAGAGAGGUGGAAAAAUAGUUCCUAAUCAUACCUCUGGAAUAUGUCUGGCUACUGUUCAGGCUCUAAUUUCAGACAGAGAUUAAGAUCCAGCCUACACACCAAUUAUAGCUGUAGGCCUCUGGCUUUCACUCAGUUCAAAACAAGUAGUAUUUGUCUGGAGCCUGUGUCGUAGCAAGGUCAAAAUGGCCAAUGUUAUUAUAGCUUGAGCUUCAUUCUGUUUUUCCUCUUUUCUACACAGUCGAAUCCCUGAAUGAACUGGAGGAAAAUGACUUGGACGCACUAAUGGCUGAUUUGAUGGCCGACCUCAAUGAUACAGAGGAGAAGCUGACGGCGGAGCUAGGAGGGCAGAAAGAGACUAAAGCGCCACCCCCGGACCUACCUCCCGCUCCGCAUGGGCUCAGCUUCUCCCCAGUCCCCUCACUCUCAACCCCCACCUCGCCUGAGAGUGGCCCCAACACCGUUAGCUCCCCACUAGCUGACUCCCCCGCACCCAUUCUCUCGCCACCUACGCUUCCACAGCAUGCUAAGCCCUCCAUGGUGAGUCAGCUAAGGUUUGACAGCUAGGUUAGCACUAAAGGCCUUUAGCUGAGCACAGAUGAAAUGAACAAGCUACAGUCAACCAUGGUUUUGAAGCCUGUCAGCCACAUCUCAUCCUGACAGGGACAGCACAGACUCAUUUGAUUACAUCCACAUUUUUUUUCAUUUUAUUGUAGCAGACACUCUUUUCUAGUGUGACUACAGCAAGGAAUAAGAAAUUGGAAUUUAGAUCAACACAAACUCUGUGUUAUUAGGUGCUUUAAAGAGAUACUUGAAAGAUGGAUGGCCCGUAUAGUGAAGCUAUACAUGUACUAGAUGUCAAGGAAGGAUGGUAUUGUAUUAACCACCUUCUCACAGUGAAGUCAUAGUGAGAUUGUUUCCUGGCCCAGGCCACUGGGGCAUCUAUUACAAUACAUCAGAGGGAAAAGCAGGGAUUCUGUCUGGAAUGGACCAAACACACACAUGGAUAGAGAGGAAAGAGUAACAGGAUCGAUAGAGGGGUUAGUGUGAGAGAUUUCUGACCGCAUUCAAUGGAGAUGAAAAACACCAGGUAUCCAUCACCGUCACACAUAACACUACCCAUAAUACUGUCCAUCAUCACUCAGCUCCUGCUUUGCUAUUGGUCCAUUCAGAGGCAUAUACUGUAUAGAGAUGUAUCCAUUAUAUGGCUCUGGGUCCAUCAUUAUCUGACCUCAUUCAACAAUCAUCAAGCAUCAUCCAUUUUUCAUAACCUAUGUUAUGUAACGUAUGAAUAAUGUACAUUAUAUACAGUAGCAAGGAUUUGUAGUGUAUUAUAAACCUACUGUGCUCUGUCACUUGAUUAAAGACCAAUCAUUGAUUUUCCUUCAGGAAGAAAUAGAGGCACAAAUGAAAGCAGACAAAAUCAAACUGGCAUUGGAGAAGCUGAAAGAGGCCAAAGUCAAAAAGGUAAGUGGCAUGACAGAGGAUGAAACACUGUACAUCAUUUUCUGGAAUUUUCCAAGUUGUUUAAAGGCACAGUCAACUUAGUGUAUGUAAACGUCUGACCCACUGGAAUUGUGAUACAGUGAAUUAUAAGUGAAAUAAUCUGUCUGUAAACAAUUGUUGGAAAUAUUACUUGUGUCAUACACAAAGUAGAUGUCCUAACCGACUUGCCAAAACUAUAGUUUGUUAACAAGAAAUGUGUGGAGUGGUUGAAAAACAAGUUUUAAUGACUCCAACCUAAGUGUAUGUAAACUUCCAACUGUAUGUAAUCAAGAUAUAUUAGUAUUGUCUGUAGAUUGUUGACAACAAAUUACAAAUAAAUUUUAAUCCCACUUUGUAACACAACAAAAUAUGGGGUGUGAAUACUUUCUGAAGACACUGUAAAUAUCUGGGUAUCUGGACUGACGAAAAGGCAUAUAUAAGUUAGUUAAGAAGCUUAGAAUAAAAAUGGGCUUCGUCUUUAGAAAUAGGUCAUGCCUCUCGCUAAAUAACAGAAAGCAGAUAAUUCAGUCAACAUUCCUGCCGGUUCCAGACUAUGGCGACACCAUCUAUAUAUGAAUGCAGCUACCAAUACACUGAAACCAUUGGAUGCAGUUUAUUACAGCACGCUGCGCUUUAUUACGGGCAAUAGGUUCAGUACACAUCACUGCAUUCUGUAUCAGAAAGUAGGUUGGCCCUCUUUGAAGUCUCGUAGAUUGAUGCAUUGCUCUCUUUUUGUUUAUAAAGCUAUUUUAUAAAAACUCCUGCUUUAGACGUGCAAGUUACCAUACCCGGUCUCAGGGAUGGCUAACCCUGGAAAUUCCUUCGGUUUCUACAGAGUUAGGUAAAUCAGCUUUUAGUUUUUUUGCACCUUACUUGUGGAAUAAUCUCUAAAACUCUCUAAAAUUGAAUGAAUUGGUGCCUCUAGGGCAGGGGUGUCAAACUCAUUUUAGCUCAGGGGCCACAUGGAGGAAAAUCUAUUCCCAAGUGGGCCGGACCGGAAAAAUCAUGGUCUAUAUAACUUAAAAACAACAACUUCAGAUUGUUUUCUUUGUUUUAAUACGAUCAACAUACAACAUAAAGCAUGAGCCUGAGGACAGUGUGUCCAAAAUAGUACAAGCACAACAUCACUAUUAAUCAUAAAACACGUCAAGUUUAUUUGAAAAUUCUAAAGAAAAAGAACACACAAACGCACAAUGCCUCAGUGAUUAGCAGAACUGUUUCACAGAUCACAGAACUAUAUCAGGGUGUCAUUUCUCAGGCAGAAAUGUAGAUAAAAAUAAUGAAAUUCUGUUCCCCAAACAAGUGCAAGAACCACAGAGUCAAGAAUAGGUUAAAUAUACAAAUAAAAUAAAAUCAAUUAAAAACAAUAGCACAUCAACAUAAAAACAUAUAAACAUAAAGCUGGAGCCUGAGGACAGUGUCCAAAAGCACAACAUCACUAUUAAUCAUAAAACACCUCAAGUUAUUUGAAAGUUCUGAGGACAAAGAACACACAAACACACAAUGCCUCAGUGAUUCACAGAAGUAUAUCACAGAUCACAGAACUAUAUCAGGGUGUCAUUUCUCAGGCAGAAAUGUAGAUAAAAAUAAUGAAAUCCUGUUCCCCAAACAAGUGCAAGAACCACAGAGUCAAGAAUAGGUUAAAUAUACAAAUAAAAUAAAAUCAAUUAAAAACAAUAGCACAUCAACAUAAAAACAUAUAAACAUAAAUCUGAAAGCGUUGCUCAAACUCCCGUAACAGUCCCGUUAUUUUAUCUUUGAACCGCUUCAUGUCUGCCACAUGUUGGGUCGCGCACACAUUUUUCAGACAGGGGAAGUGAGCUGCAUCACCACCGGCAAGUUGCGUCUCCCACAAUGACAGCUUCAACUUGAAAGAACGUAUGCUGUCAUAAUACUGCGUGACAACUUUGUUGCGCCCUUGCAGCUGUUUGUUCAAGUUAUUCAGGUGCUCUGUAACAUCCACCAUAAAUGCAAGGUCCUGCAUCCAUUCUGCGGAAUGAAAUUCUAACACUGGUUUGCCCUUUUCUUCCAUGAACUGUUCAAUUUCUUCUCGUAAAUCAAAGAAACGCCUCAGCACAGCACCUCGGCUUAACCAUCUUACCUCAGUGUGGUAUGGCAGGCCAUAGAUGUGGUCUUUCUCUCUGAGAAGGCUGUCAAACUGACGGUGAUUCAGGCUUCUGGAUCGGAUGAAAUUAACAGUUUGGAUGACCACCUUCAUGACGUUAUCCAUCUUUAAUGACUUGCAACACAAAGCCUCCUGGUGCAAAAUACAGUGAAAAGUCAAAAAAUCACAUCCUCCAUUUGCAGAUUGCACUUUCUCUCUGAACUUUGUCACAACGCCUGCUUUUUUCCCGAUCAUUGAGGGCGCACCAUCUGUAGCCAGGCUGACAGCGCGGGACCAGUCCACUCCGACCCUGUCCAGCGCGCCGACGAGUGCGGUAAAAAUAUCAGCUGCUGUCGUUGUAUCUGUCAUCGGCACCAACUCCACAAACUCCUCGGUGACGGUCAAUGUGUCAUCAACUCCGUGGAUGAAAAUGGCCAGUUGUGCAACAUCUGUAAUGUCCGUGCUUUCAUCAAUUGCAACCGAAAACGCAAUAAAUGACUUUACUUUUUGCUUCAACUGGCUGUCCAAAUCCACUGAAAGAUCGGAAAUCCUGUCUGCAACUGUGUUUCUUGUCAGGCUGAUAUUUGCAAAAGCCUGCCGCUUUUCAGGGCACACAAUCUCCGCUGCCUUCAUCAUGCAUGUUUUUACAAAUUCACCCUCACUAAAUGGUUUUGAAGCCACUGCGAUUUCAUUAGCAAUGAGGUAGCUAGCUUUCACUGCAGCGUCACUGAUGUCUCGGCUGUGAGUAAACACAGACUGCUGUUUCUUCAGACCCGCCAACAGUUCAUUCACCUUCUCUCAUCUCCGCUGUCCUUGAAAGUUGUCAUAUUUGUCGGCAUGAAGACUCACAUAGUGGCGACGAAGGUUAUAUUCUUUCAGCACUGCAACAUGCUCUGAACACACCAAACAUACAGCUUUCCCAUUCAAUUCAGUGAAUAAAUAGGAUGACCAUUUUUCUUGGAACACUCUGCACUCUGCGUCCACUUUUCUCUUUUUUGACAGAGACAUAUUGGGGCAAUGAGGGUGCCAAAGCACAUAAUGUUAAAAGUAGAAGCCGUAAUAAAUAUCGCGGGCAAAACAAAGUAGCUCAUUGGCUGCACGUGCUUGACCUACUUGCUCUGCCCCGGUAUAAACAGUUUGCUUGCUUAACACAAUUGCUAUUGCGCCAUCCAGUGGACGCAAUUGGAACAGCAGUUUAUUUUAUAGAAAAAUUGCAGCGCAUUUUUAUACUUUACAAAAUUAUAUUUUUUUAUUUUCAAAAUCAUCUCGCGGGCCGGAUUAAACCCGUUUGCGGGCCUUAUCCGGCCCGCGGGCCGGACGUUUGACACCCCUGCUCUAGGGUAUUUCAGACAGCUGAUUGAGGACCUUUUUAAUGAAGAAUGUGUUUGUUUUCCAUGACUGUGUUUUAUAUCUCUGUUUUGUUUUUAUAUUAUAUUGAUGUGUAUAUUCUUGUAAUUACAGAGCUCAUCUGUAAAAGAGACCUUGGUCUCAGCAUGACUCCCUGUCAAAAUAAAGGUUAAAUGCACUUUUUUUUAAUGCCUGAAGCAGUGUGUAAGGUAACUAGAUUAGGUAACAUUGCAGUCAUGUAGCCCUAUGUGCCUAAUGAUAAUAUAAAAUGACACUAAUGAAUGUUCAGGAAACAGACUCUCUGCCUUCUCUGGCCGGUUUCAUAGAAACACCUGUCCUGACCAGAGAGAUAGACAGAGGUUUCAUUUCUCAGUGGUCUGCGGUUUUGUUCUCUGUGUGUCAAACGCCACUGAGGCCUUUUCCUUUACGUGUUCUAAAGAUUAAAGUGGAGGUUCCAGAUUGAGCACAUUUCUUUUGUGAAUCCACUCGUUUGAAGACACCUAGUUCAAAUUCAAGAAGUGAUCCGUUACACACACUACUUGACCAUGUGGUGCACAUCCGUCCAUUGUUCUUCAUAGGAGCUGGGAAAAAACCUGAUCUAAAACGGAACAUCCUCUAUCAUCUUUGAAAGACACAUUUUUAUGACACAACUUGGCUGACCUCUGGAUGGUUUGCGAAGCUCCUCUGCUUCCUAAAUCGGGAUCUGUUGCCAGACAAAGGGGAAGUUCAAGGCCACAUGAGCCAGGAAGUAUGAGCUUAAUCCCAGUUUAUUUGGGCUUUAUUUAUGGGGCGAUAGCCAGACCACGACUGCCAUAGCUCCAUAGAGGCUAAUGAUCAUUCAAUGCUCCCCUAUGACUGCUCAGCUAGCGCCAAUGCUAGCGGUAGCGGAUAGCUCUUUGAGGACUGUUAUACAACGGUCAAGGUAUCUGUUUUAUGACAUCUUUCCAUCCACACCUGUACUGUUCUCCCGAGUGGCACAGUGGUCUAAGGCACUGCAUCGCAGUGCUAGCUGUGCCACUAGAGAUCCUGGUUCGAAUCCAGGCUCUGUCACGGCCGACCGCGACCGGGAGACCCAUGGGGCGGCGCACAAUUGGUCCAGGGUAGCGGAGGGAAUGGCCGGCAGGGAUGUAGCUCAGUUGGUAGAGCAUGGCGUUUGCAACGCCAGGGUUGUGGGUUCGAUUCCCACGGGGGGCCAGUAUGAAAAAUUGUAUGCACUAACUGUAAGUCGCUCUGGAUAAGAGCGUCUGCUAAAUGACUAAAAUGUAAAUUAACAUCAUACUGGAAACACACUCUGGGCAAUAAACCUGUCAUAUACUGUACAUUACAGCCUAUGACAUGACACCUAGCAUAAGUUCUGCAUAACCGUUCAUGAAAGAAUCAUGAAGCUAUAUGCAGAGGAAUAUGCAGCUAUCAACUGUUUUACCCAUGCACUGUCCAUGUCCAGCUUUAUCAUGCUAGUGAGAAGUAAUUUGUUAUGAGCUGUCAUGAAUAGGCUACGGCAGGUGUCAUGACUCAUGAUUAUAAAAAGCUCACAUCUGUUCGUAACACAUAAAUAAAACAUAAAACGGCAACCUGGACAGUGUCCUACUGUCAUUACAAGUAUUACUAGGAUUUAGUACACAAUACAUACUUUCCAAUGCCACCAAUAUUUAAAUGUUUAUUUCUGUAAAUGUCUUAUCUCCAUGCAGCUGGUGGUGAAAGUUGUGAUGAAUGACGGUAGCUCCAAGACACUGAUGGUGGAUGAGAGACAGACAGUGAGGGAUGUUCUGGACAACCUGUUUGAGAAGACCCACUGUGACUGCAACGUGGACUGGAGCCUGUCUGAGACCAACCCCGAGCUGCAGCUUGGUGAGCCUGAUCCCCUCGCCAAACACACACCCACGCAUGCACGCACACACACACACAAUAUAUACUGUUCCAUGGUUUCAAUGCACUCACUCUAUACCAUGCAUACCGGGUGGGAUUUCAUUCAGGUCCAGAUGAUGGACUGUGUUUUCAUUGGCACGAUGACAGCCUUGCUGCGGUGAGCACACAAUGAGGCAUUGAUGUAACCCACCAUUUUCAGACACACACGCACACGCAUGCAUACACACACACACACACACACACACACACACACACACACACACACACACACACACACACACACACACACACACACACAAACACACACACACACAUACACACACCGGGCAAGUGGGUUCAAUUUACUACAUCAGGCACUGUCAGUCAUCUUCCCUGUUAUGCGAUAAUAUAUUCCUCAUGACCUCAAUCCUACAUCUCUCUACCUCAGCUACUGUUGGACUUUAUAGGCAACAUGUUUGUUCAGUCAGCCAUUACCAUGUCUUUGGUUUGCUCUGGAGAAGCCCUCCUUUUGGGAAAAACAUGCAAAUCAUGAUUUACCUCAUGUAAUACCCUUUCUGAUCAUCUUUAAUCCUUUCUGGUCUCCUAUAACACUAAGCUAAUUCCUGUAAUUGCAUUCAGUUUAUGGAGAGUCAAGACAAACUUUCAAACCAUUGCCCUUAUUCUAUAAUGGCAGAGCACAACUUGACUUUAUGAUAAUCUUUAAAAUUCCUGUUAUUGCAAUUUGAGUACAGUGGUGCAUUUGCAUGUCUUGUAAACCCAAAUGUAGAUGAGAGGAAAAAGGAACAUCCCCUUGGUCAACAGUUGGUACAUUUUUUAGUCAUGAGGGCUAUUUGAAGACCAAUGUCUGCCACCUCACCCGCAUGACAUUUUUGACCACCACAUGUCAGCCUUUAAGACUAUAUUCCAUGAGAGGAGGUUGAUCUGUUACUCUUGACCAAACCAGAAGUACUGCUGAUAUGACUGUAUUUUCAAUGCUACACUCCUGUCUGUGACACAGACACGCAUCACUCACCACAAAACUGCUUUUUGUUUGAAGGCAUACAGUAUGUCCGCUUCUAUAAAACCUCAAAACAUAUUUGAUGGAUUGGAAAUUAAAUAGAUUUUGAUCUGCGUCCUAAAAAUGUCCUUGUGAACGUAAUGUUUUACUGUACAUGUUACAUGGCGCAAAUGUUCUGGAAAGUUGUAAAAUGUUUGAGAGGGGAUUCAUGUACACUACUAGCUUACCUGUGUUUUGGCAUUGUAAAAUAAAAGCUGAAGUUCACCCCCUUAAAUUAAAGUGCCAUUUGCUUGCAUUUCCGUGAGACAUCCAUGUGUUCACCAUAUACAGCAUCCUGCACUGCAACAUACCAUGCAGUUACAGUAAUGUAGUUCAAAGGGCUUUUAACUCGUAAUGACUCCCUAUAAAACUCUUUAGGAGCAAAGUUUCACGCUCUCACCAUCCAUUUAAUGGCAGUAAUAGGCCUGGCCACAGACAACAGCCCUGGAAGCUAUUGGCUAAUGCUUAAUGCCUAUCUCUGUUUUAAUUAGGACUAGUAGCCUGUCAUUGAGAAACAUGGUGAAACUACAGUGAAACACCCAGACAUGAUGGAACACCAGAGUGUGGGUGGGCAACGUGGUGGGAAGAAGCGGAAAGAUCUCUUAAUAGUUCAUGUGUUUUAAAGUUUUAAUGCCACUUUAAAUCCGUAAGCUUGUCUUUUGUUGGGCCCAUUUUAAGCGCAAUACCAUUCUGCAUAGAACUGUAAAUGGAGAAUUGUAUGGUAGUGAAAUCUACUUCAAACCUUGUGUGUCCAUGUGUGUCACGAUCGUCGUAAUGAUUGGACCAAGGCGCAGCGUGAAAUGCGUACAUCUUUUAUUGAGUACUUACACACAGCAACAAAACAACAAAACGAAACGUGAAGUCCUCGGUCAUAAACACAAACCUACACGGAACAAGAUCCCACAAAUGACAAGUGCACAACAGGCUGCCUAAGUAUGGUUCCCAAUCAGAGACAACAAGACACAGCUGCCUCCGAUUGGGAACCACCCCGGCCAACACAGAAACACACGAUCUAGAAAAGAAUACAUAGAAAACAAAACAUAGACACUACACAUAUAAACUAACACCCUGGCUCAACAUAUAAGAGUCCCCAGAGCCAGGGUGUGACAAUGUGCUUCUAUACAUUGGUCCGUAAACUAUAUUUGGUGAUAUGCUAGAAUUGUUUCGAAAAAUAACAGUACCUUACAAAACUAAAUUAAUGUAUGCAAUGAAGAGUGUAAAUUUUCAUAGCUGUGUUUGAUAUUUUAUCAGGGUGAGGGUCACCAUUAUAUUCUACAGCAUAUUUUUCUGUGAAAAAAGGUGUUGCAAUAAUAAUAUUGUAUUGAUCAAAUUAUCAAUAAUCUCAUACAAAAUAAGUAAACUUUACAUUUUAGUAGGCCAAAGGCUCCAUCUUAUCAUUAUUUGACUGACCCAUGAUAUAUUAUUUUCCAAGGACUAACAGAAUAACAUAUUAUAAUAGAUUAAUAACAGAUUAUUGUGUGAGCUCUGUGUGCUUUUGUCUUGACAGAAAGGGGUUUUGAAGACCAUGAGAACCUAGUAGACCCACUAUCUGCAUGGACAAGGGACAGUGAAAACAAAGUUCUCUUCCAAGAGAGAUCAGACAAAUAUGAAUUCUUCAAAAACCCUCAGGUGAGUUUUUCACAUUGCUUCUUCAAACUGCAAUCACUUUCUAAGUUUAAACAUAUUAAAAAUACACAUCCUGCAUAGUUAUCAUCAGCAGUGUCUGUUCCAUAAGAAGAAUUUAAAAACGUUUUGCCGACUGCCCUGAUUUCAAAUAGUGUGAGGUGGUCUGCUCAUGAUAUCCUGACAGCUCAAUACUCAGCAGGCCAUUUUUCUUGGCCUCCCUCUGUUUUUGCAAAUCAAUCUCUCCAUUAUUUCAACUCUGGUUACUUUCAAAUGUUUGCUCAAUCAUGAGAUAUCCUUUCAAAACAGACCCCUUUAUGUCAUCUUCACAGUGAUGCAUCAAACAAAAUGUCAGCCAGUGAAAAACAAGGCAAUUUAAUAAUGUUGAAACAAUGUUUAUUGUUCCAACAGAGCCCUUUGUAAUCUCUAAGUAUUAAUGCAUUUUGGCUGUUGGCAGCGAGAGGCUGUGGUAUCAUAUGCAGGCCUGAAGUGUAUGGAAAAAUAUGUGAGGGAUUGUCUCAUUUCCAAAAUACUGCUUUGUGUAUUCUUACAAUUAUUUCCAAAAGUGAUUUUAUUCUUCCAUAGAAACAUGAUUACUGUGUAAAUCCUUGUGAAUCCAACAAGAUUUGAUCAAUCCUAAGAAAAUAUAAUUUCACUUAAACCCCUCUUGAAUAGCAUGGCUACUAUUGCAAUCCGAACUCUUCACAUCAGUUAAGAUAAAUGUAUGACAUUUUUUUGUAAAAUGUAUUUGUAACAAAAAAGCUGUAAAAACAAAAAUGUAAAACAAAGUUACAUUGGUCCUCCGAAGAACACCAAAAAAUAUAAAGGUUGAAUCAACGGAUUGGUGCAGUGUGACCACUUAUUACGACCCUAAAGUUUUGACUUAUUUUAACUGGCAUAGUAAAGCUAAUAUUUUUCUCACUAUAGAACUUUUAUCAGUGGAAGAAGGACAAGAAAACUCUCAAAGACAUGAAAGACAGAGACAAGGAGUUACUUGUGGAGGUAAGUCACACAAACUCCACCAUGUAGACUAGACCAUUGAAAAGAUGUGAGACUUCAUGUUGAGUGACAGUUUCCAAUGAUGUGACCUUUCUGUGACUUCUUAUUCCCUUCCUGCCUCCUCCCCACACAGGAGAACUUCUGUGGGACCUCCAUCAUCGUGCCUGACUUAGAGGGGGUGCUCUAUCUCAGGGAGGAUGGCAAGAAGUCGUGGAAACAGCGCCUCUUCCUGCUGCGGGCCUCUGGAAUUUAUUAUGUACCCAAAGGGAAGAGCAAGGUCAGAGGUCAAAAAGGGACUUGGGCUACAACCCAGAUAAAGAAAACACAUCCACUGGCUAUAUGGCCCAGUCAGUUUCAGUUUAGUGUGAACAGAACACAGUACACUCCCAGCUAACCCAACAUACAUACAGAGUUGCUAUGUGAUCAAAAGUAACCCCUUUCCCGCAACAACAACAAAAGGUAAGAGAAAAAAGAUGUCUGCAAAAAUGGUCUCAAUGUCAACUGAGACCUUAAUGAAAUGGCUGGGAGGUUCUUUACUCUUGGACUACAACGUUAUAGUGCUAAAUACUUUUUGCUUUAUCAACCCCUUAUUCCGUUCAAGCCGCUCUAAAAAUACAACUGGAUUAUUUGCACCCACUGGCAACCUAUAUUCACUUACAUCUUUCAUCUUGUGGCAACAGUUAUUCAUAAACACGCCAUUCAUAGAUUAUGUCUUUAUGGUGUUGAGAUUUUACUCAACUCUACUGACGAUGGGUGAAGGUGCUACUGUAAGUCAACCCAAGGCUACAGUGGCUACUGGUUCUUGUUUCAAGGCAUUGAUUAAGUGAUACAUUUUUUAAGUUAGGCUAUAGUGUUUGAACACAAUGCUGUCAUUCAAGAUUCAAGUUUGACUACCUUUUUUCCACAGACAUCUCGUGACCUGGUGUGUUUCGUCCAGUUCGACAAUGUAAAUGUCUACUAUGGCAAAGACUUCAAAAACAAAUACAAGGCCCCAACAGAUUUCUGUUUUGUUCUGAAGGUGAGUGAACAGUUGAAAACACUUUUUUGGAAGGAUGACCCCAUUUUAGUCUCACAGCUCAAAAGUCACAGUUAGUAAAAGGUAUAUAAAGAGAGAAACUACAUGAGCGCUUCCUUCCCCAAUAUUAUCUUCGAUUGCUACAUCGAUUGUUUUACUUUUAAAUGAAUUAUAUAUAACCAUUGAUUCUUGAAAGAUGCCUUAUUAGCUUCGUUCAACUGUUGUACCCCAUCAGAACCCAAAAUAUAAGCUUGUGUUACUCCUUUGUUUGUAGACAUUGUAAUUGUAAACAAACACUGUAUAGUCUCAAAACAUGGUUAAAUCUCUCAUGUUGAUAUCAAUGGUCAGUCCUUGCAUCCACAGCUCUGUCUAUGAAUUUGAGAGUGGUUACAUUUCUCCAUCCCCAUCCCACAGCUUUUUACCAAAACAGUGGCUGGGUGUACUCUUUGUUAUUGUUUGAAAUGCAGAUCGCUCCUUUAAACCGAGCUUAACUCUUCCACUAUGAGCUACUGUAAUAGUCUCUAUACAGUAUAGCUUUAUUUGGAAAGGUAUCUCACAUGCUGCAAGUGUAAGUAUGCAUGUACAUAUUAAAUAAGCAUACAGUGAGGGUUUUGUUUAUUAUAAUUGUAAAUAACUCUGGUAUAUUUUUGUCACUCUACAGACUGGUACUGUGGUCAACCCAACAGCUGCCUCGCUGGAAUUGCGAACUUCAAUAUAUAGUAACAGGAAGUGAAAAGUCCCCCAUUUUUACAGGCCAAUUAAUUUGCAAGUGAGUUAGAUAAAAUUAAUGGAAUGAGGAACACUGUAAACUUCGCCAACAAAAUGUUAUUUGGUUUGUAACACAUUAGUCAUAGUACAGUAUUUGUCUUGGUGAAAACCCUUUCCUUGAGGCAAUAUAGUGUGCUCUCUUCAGUUGGCUCGGUUUCAAGUUGUAUCUUUUAAUAAGAUUCUCACUUCUUCUCAGAACACGAGUUCCUGGUAGGUUGGUGGUUAUAGUCUUUUAAGGAUCUGAAACUACUCUUUAUUUUCCUCCCUCCUUUCGGAAACACUUGAAUCGGCAACAACCAUUAUUCUCUAGGUCUAGGAGGUGUUGGGAAUCAAAGCCAAAGAGCUUAGCGAGACAAGGAGACAGAAUUACAUUUCACUGAGAGAUAUCCCCUCAAGGCUAGAGGGUUGAAGAAGUGAGGCUGAAGGAAGAUGAUCUCACUCAGUCAAUGUAGCAGACAGGUUGGAACCCUGGGAAGGUUUAGCAAGGUCUCUAAUAUCUAGCUCUGCAUUGGGUCAUCAAUGCUCAUAAUGCACCGCUGAAUGAGUGAAAUGGAGCUAGGCAUUUGGACUCAGAUGUUAUAGAGAGCAAUAGUAAUGGCAUCUUUUUGUAGGCACUAAUGGAGACUAACUCCGCCAUGGCUAGUUGGCCAAAGCUUAAUUUUAGACAGACUGUGCCCCCUAGUGGCACUACCAGGCACCUUCAGCUUCAUAGUGGAAAACACUGAAUCACGCCAAUCAGUGUGUGGUAAUGGCCCUACAGCAAAGUCAAGACAUUUUCUCUCAGAUGGCUAAUGUGCUCAUGAAAGAUGGACAAUGAUCUCAUACAAACUGCUGUGUUUGAACAACGGCCAGGGGAGAAAGUAUGACUCGGUUCUCUCCUUUACCACCCUCUGUGAUGGAUGCUGUGCCAUAACUCCAUCAGCCGGGUGGACAUUUCAGUGUUGGACGUCUCCCAUGUUAUUUGGGAGGCACAUGAGUGCUGACUGUCUGAUUAUCACCAGCUUUUCCAUGACGCAUUCAAUAUGGAGGAGUAGUUCACUUUCUUAAAUCCCACCGCUGUCAUCAGUCUGUAACGCUUCAUUCUGCUAGCGUGGAUAUCUGAUAUUUUUAUGCAAUCUACAUUAGAGGACUUUAGAGAUCUUAUGGCUGGAAUCACUUCCCCCCCCAAAAAUAAAAAAAUAAAUUGCAAGCUCAUACAGGGUAGUGGUACCAAAAAGAACACAUUGGAUGUGAUGCAAUCUUUUUGUCUCACUGAUUCGCUACCCUAAAGAUGUGUCCCCAUUCCUAUCUACAGCACCCCCAGAUCCAGAAAGAGUCUCAGUAUAUUAAAUAUCUGUGCUGUGAUGAUGCCUGGACCAUGACUCUCUGGGUGACAGCAAUACGCAUCGCAAAGGUGAGCUCAGACAGCUUGACAGCGUAUAUCUAAGGCAGAAACAUAAACGGUGAUGGGUUGUGCAGACAGAGUUGGUGGUCUUGUGUGUAUUGUAAUGGUUGGUGUUUGUCCCCUCAGUAUGGGAAGUCUCUGUAUGAAAACUACAAAACUUCGACGAAGAAGGCUGCAGUCACCACUGCGUGGACCAACCGCACCAGCACUACAACGUCCACUCCGUCAACACCUUCCCCUACCACCAAAGGUUAGUAGACACCCUUUCUGCUGGUAGAUAUUAGCUGUGAGCAGAAAGAUUAUCAAUGGAUAGAUCAUCAUUAUUUUACUACACUGAGUAUACAAAAUCAAGAACUCUUCAAAUCAAAUUUCAAAUAAUGACUGUAUUGAUAUGAAAGAUCUUAUUCCUUGCUUGUCUCUUUCUCUCUGCUCUUCUCCCAGCCAAAGCUUCUGGUCAGGCCAAUGGACAUGCUCCCCAGCCCCCUGCAGAACCUGUGGCCAAGGUUGGCAAUGCACCCCCUCCACCACCACCCCUGUUACCUACACAGAUCCUCCCCCCGCCACCCCCUGACCCAGUGCUGACCCCACCACCACCGCCCCUGGCUGCCAAGAGAAGCCCACCAUCAACCUCUGUCCCACGACAACUACCCAGCCUGCCCACCAAAUUCCCCCCAUCACCGACAUCCAUGGACAACCUCCCUCCACCACCUCCACCUCUCUCCCAGGACGACGGCCCAGAGUUACCUCCAGACUUCCUCCCUCCCCCACCUCCAGCUCUUGGAUUCGGUCCAGGUGCCGGCUCGUUACCCCCUCCACAUCCAGUCAGCUUCCUACCCCCACCACCACCGGACCCAGGUUUUCCCCUACCACCUCCACCACCUGAUCCUACCUUCUGCCCUGUGACCAACAGGGGUUCCUUACCAGCACCUCCGCCUCGCCAGUCCUAUAUAGGGGCUGGAGCACCCCCCCCUCCACCUCCGCCCCCACCUUCCUCUGCCCCAGCAGGGUUCCGAUCGACCCCAUCGGUGAGGAAAACAGGCCCCCCUCCACCCAAGAGGACUACACCACCACUAGCAGCGCCCGGGGGCGGGGACUUCAUGUCAGAACUAGCCAAGGCUAUGGCUAAGAAACGUGGCAAUCAGUAAACAGGGGAUUGGUCCACACACUCAACCCUUACAUUCAGGAAAAUCAACCACCGGUGACAGUAGUUGAUACAGACUUUUAAAGGAAAGAAUAUUGCAGAUAUGAUUUAAGAACAGCAACUACUUUAUGUUUACUAUACUGUAAGUGAUAAAUUAGUUGGGAAGUUAUUUGUUUGUGAGACGGAGAGGCUUUUUACAUCAAAGAGAUUUAUUCAACUACUGUGUAAAGUGGGGUCACUUUAUAUUAAUGUUAAUCACCAACUGUGGAGCAGCAGGAGGCUCAAGGUUAGUAAGCGGGUUGCCGGUUCAAAUCCGAUGGCCGACAAGGAAAAUCUGGCGGUUGAUCUUAAGCCAAAAACCGUCAUCUACUGACAAUGUUUGUCGCAGUUGAUCCAAUCACUUUAUGAGACAUGAACUGUAUUGUACAUGUACUGUACAUACUGUAACUAGUUCUGUAUUUGGGCCGAGGGUUAUGUGUAAAUAGUGUAUAAAUACACAUUUCUCAUCAAGAUCAUUUGACUCCGAGAAUAGACGUGUUCCCAAUCUGCUCUUGUCUGAAUAAAUAUAUUAUACCAU